GAUCAAGCAUAACAACGUAGACCUCUCCCGGAUCCGCAACCCUCCAACAAGGUGGGCCUUUCACUGUAUAUUCAGUGGCAUGAACCAACAGAUUCUCAAAAAAAUCUCCACCUGUUUUAAUGGGAUGCCUUUGCUCAAAGAACACGAAGUGGACACCUGGGUAUGAAGAGCCUACAAUUCUUGCUGCUGAAACACCCUUUACUGUGAGUGAAGUAGAGGCCUUAUAUGAAUUAUUCAAAAAAUUAAGUAGUUCCAUUAUCGAUGAUGGACUUAUUCACAAGGAAGAGUUGCAGCUCGCGCUUUUCAAGAACAAAAAUAACAGAAACCUAUUUGCUGACAGGAUAUUUGAUUUGUUUGAUGUGAAACGCAACGGGGUUAUUGAGUUUGGAGAAUUUGUUCGUUCAUUAAGUGUUUUUCAUCCAAAUGCACCUGUAGCAGACAAAAUUGCAUUUGCAUUUAGAUUGUAUGAUCUAAGAAAUACCGGGUUUAUUGAGCGAGAAGAGUUGAAGGAGAUGGUGUUGGCACUUUUACAUGAAUCCGAUCUAAUUCUUUCAGACGAUGAUGUUGAAAUGAUUGUGGAUAAGUCAUUCAAAGAAGCAGAUACAACAGGUGAUGGACGGAUCGAUCCAGAAGAGUGGAAAGAAUUUGUGUCAAAGAAUCCAUCUCUGAUCAAGAACAUGACUCUCCCUUAUUUGAAGGACAUAACCUUAGCGUUUCCCAGCUUUGUGGUGAGCUCUGAAGUUGAAGAUUCAGAAAUGUAAAUGUAUGAAUAUACCAUCAAGUUUUCAGAUUCUUCCUGUCUCAAACAUCUUGAGUUGUGCUUUGCUGCGGUUCUGAUUUGCUAAUAUAAUGCCACGAGGACUGGAAGAACUUUCUAAAUGACGGAUUGAAGCUGAGUCGUUGAGCAAGAAUGGUUGACAAGCGGGACUUAAUAUACAUUUCUGUCUUCAUCUUCUAAAAUGUUUGUUCUUCUAAUGAUGCUUCAACAAUUGUAUCGAAGUUUCGUAUGCGUGCAUCAUUGCAUCAUUGCGGUUUCAAUCCUCUUUUGUAUGGAUUGUAAUGUUCCAGGAUUGUUGGAUUUGAAGUAGCUAAUAAUGUUUUUCAGAAUACGCAGUAGCAUUGCUAUAGCGAUAAAGGUUUAUAUUUCAUUGUUGAAA